AUGUAUACCCUGAGUCUGGCGCUUGAUAUAGCGGUGGAGAGGUUGCAGCCUGAGGAAACCCUCGAGCAGCAGCAGGAGCGGCUGGCGUAUCAGCAGGCCAUAGGCAAACGCCUAGAAGUAGAAGCAGCAAAGAUGAGUAAGCAGCAGCAGCAGCAGCAGCAGCAGCAACAGCAACAGCAACAGCAGCAGCAGCAGCAGCAGCAGCAGUACAGCAGCAGCAGCAGCAGCAGCAGCAACAGCAACAGCAACAGCAGCAGCAGCAGCAGCAGCAGCAGUAGUAGUAGUAGCAGCAGGAGGAGGGAGAGCAGCGAGAAAUGGAGAGAAUUGGGGGUUGAGGAAUACGACGAGCGGUUGCGGCGCACGAAUUUAAGGCGUUUAGAGAAACAAGAAGAACAGCAAAAGCUCGAGGAGGAAAGGAGACUGAGAGAAGCAGAACAAAGAAGAGUAGAGGAGAAACAAGAAAGAGAAAGAAGAGAAGAAGCAUCAAAGCUUCACGUAGCAAGAAGAUAA